CCGAGCGUGCGUUGUUUGGCUCUGAAUCACUGUUGCCGUCGGAUAAAAAUGGACGGCGGAUGGGAUGGGGGCAGGGCAUGCCGUUCCUUGCCUCUAGCAAGGCACUGGAUCUCAGCCCCCUCCGCACGCGGCUCUCUCUCUCCCUCGACGGCGCACACACCGGUCAGCUGCGCCACCCAGUUUCUCCCUCGACGGCGCCGCUCCCUCCCUCCCCGGACUGCAGGGUUCUCCCCAGCCGUUCUAAGUUGUUGGAAGAAUGAGGAAGGGGCUACAUCCUCAGAUGCAGUGGAUUUCAUAUGUGACACAGAGCGGCAGGCUGAUCAACAUCAUGAUGACAAAGGUGAACCAUACAGGCAAGGUGUACCAUAUGAGGGCAAAGCGACAGAUGGCUCAAAGCCUGGGACAGAUUGCCAAGUUCAAGCGGCGUUACGAGCAGGAAGCGGAGGAGAGCAAAGACAAGUAGAGUUCCGUCUGCAAAGGCGAAAGGAGCUCUAGAUUCUGCCCAUUUCUAGUUAUGAGCUCUGCCCAUGGAAUUUUGUUUCGGAUGACACUAUUAUUCUUCUGUCUGAUGGAUAAUGCAGUUUAACCUCUCACUUGUUGCUCUACUGUGCUCGGAGCUAGAACAAAAACGCAACCAAUUUGUUCCUAUUUUGAUGUUAGUUCUGUUUGUUUUCUC